CAGCAGCUCAAAGAGGCAGGCAAGGGAGUGAGAAAUCCAAGUUAGCACGGCUCUUAGGUGACCCAUAACGGCCUGCCAGGUAAAAACUGCUCUAUCAGUAGAAGCCCUAGGAUGCGCUGAUUGGUAAAAACUGCACAGCUUGGAGGAUUUAGUAAGUGGGCCAGUUGCCAUCGCGACGCACUGGCACGAUAUUGCCAGGAAAAGCCAUAAUGGGUCUCUUGACGCAGUUUUCUCUGCUCCUGUGGAAGAACUUCACUCUCCGGAAGAGACAAAAGGUGCGGCUGGUUAUAGAGUUGGUAUGGCCUCUUUUUCUAUUCUUCAUAUUGGUAGCGGUGAGGUCUACCACCAAACCAGUUUACAAAGACCAAUGUCACUACCCAAACAAAGCAAUGCCAUCUGCCGGCAUGCUGCCAUGGCUUCAAGGUAUGAUAUGCAACAUCGACAACCCUUGUUUAAACCACCCACCUCCAGGGGAGACGCCAGGCCAAGUCAAUAACUUCGACAACUCAAUAAUUGCCGGAGUGUUGAUAGAGCUACAGUCUGUUUUGGCAGACAGGUCUUUCCUCAGCGGGGUGCAGGUGCUGGUAGAUGAUGUUGACCAGUGGACUUCAGUCCUAUCCAAAGUCAACCUCGGCAAACGUAAGGAGAUUGUGACCAUGGGCUGA